AUGCCUUUGUCGAUACUUGAGUCCGUUCGAAACGCCAACUACAUCUUCGAGCUCAAGCCUGUCGCCGUAGAGAGGAUUGGCUUGUUGGAGUCGAGGCUGAGAGAUCAAGAAGAGGAGAUGGAACAACUGCGCGGCCAAGUUGAUCUAUCUGAUCGCGCCUUUUUGUAUGCUGAAAGCGCAGUCUGGACAGCGUCAACGCUCCAAUGGAAGCCGCUAGCCUCUGAUAAAUUUAUACUGGCUGCUGACAGUACGUCGAUCACGUUUCGGAUUCCAGGCCUCGGCUACGGCAAUAACCUGUCUGCUGGUCACCGGACCAGUACGUCGCUUAUGUGCGUGGUACAAGCCAAAGAGGACGAUAGAAUUGCUGUAUCGUGUACGAAGACCACGUACGUUGACGACACUGCUUCGUAUUUGACGGCGGUUCGCAUGGGAUUUUAA